AUGUUCGCUUUAAGAAGGGCGGCUGUUUUGCGAAAUAUUAGGCCAUUGCAGCCGCCUGCCAGUUCUACCUGCAGAGAACAAACUGCCGGACUACGAGAAUACGAGCAUCGAGAUGCACUGGAAAGUAAUAGAGCGGAGUCAUUACAAGAAAUAGUUGAACAUAUUGAAUGGCGAGGAACGGUCUACAGUGAAACUCCCGGAAAGGUUGCUAGGCUGCUGGCUGAUCCUAAAGAAGAUCUGACGUUGUUGUCGGAUCGCCAGCUAUCUGUUCUUUUGUCCACUUUCGGCAAUGCGUGUGAAUCUGUAAGCAUCUUGCACAGAACAGCUUCGAUGAGCCAAGCGCUUCGAGCCAUCCGAGAGAGGGGGAAGUUGUUCGCGUAUACAUUGCAGAGCGAAAUGCAUCGCUUUCCGCUCGCAUGUGAUAAUGGCGAACAGGCCUUAUCACCGGAUGCUGCGACGUUCGGUUACCUUUCGAAGGUAUACGCGAAUUCUGCUAAUACCCAAGCAAUCGUAGAUAUAAUCAACCAUAUGAAGACAAAUGCACUGGUUGUGACUGAAGCUGUUUUGGAAUCACUUAUCUAUUCAUUAGCCAAAGGUGGUCACUACAAGCAAGCUGAAACCUUUGUUCAGAAGUUUGUUGCAUCUGCAAACGAGGUUGUUCUUCGCACUGCGAUAGCUCGUGCAGCAGUCUCUCGUGGCGAUUAUUCUGUAGUAUUUAGCACUAUUGCGUCCAUUCCAAGCGGAGCGAAACCGAAUCAAAUAUCCAAUAACAAGUAUAUUUUGGAGGUUUUGUUCGAUAUGCUUGAAGCGGGUGAAAUGGACGCUGUAGAAAAGAUAUCUCCCUAUUUGGCAAUGGCACCCGAGGAAAACACGCUGGUGGAGUGGCAUGUAAAUCCCAGAGUACUGGCGCGAUCUAAGCGUGCUUGUGCCGAGGGUAAACUCGAUGUGGCCCUCAAGCUUUACGGACUUAUUCAUCCUAAAUUCAAAAACAGUAACUUCGAAAUGUUGCUUGCUGAUGCCUUGGGGAAUCGGCUCAAUGAUGGCAGUCACAAAACUGAGGAAAUUUUUGGACUGGCGGAGGCAAUGCAGAAUUCCGGCUUGCUCAAAGAUCAUGUUCUGUUUCUUCUCGAAAAGUCGGCCAACACCACCCGUGCGUAUGAAGUGCUUUCCAUUGUACAGAGCAGGGGACUACUGGAAAAGUGCCUGCAAGAGAGGCCAGCAUUGAGGAAAACUCUUGCGCGGAAACUGAGUGAAAAGGUUAACUAG